AUGUCAUCCUUCGAAGCGCGAGGUGACUUCUUCCCCUCGCCAUACGAGCCCGGUGGAACAUCAUUUCGCGGCUUUGCAAAAAUCUUGGCGGCCGCUCCUCCGCCCUGUCUCAUUGUCCGUCCGAGGCGGUGGCACGUUGGCAUGGCAGGGGGGCCCCGGCUGAGGGGAAUCGCGGUGCCGACCGAGGUUCCGCGGAUCGACCUCAGCCUGCAGCGCCGCAGCGAGCACACGCACGGCGUCGUCGGCGCGAUCAGGCGAGGCGCAGCCCCUCUCAACAUCCACUUGGUGGGCCCGGCCCACGCGAAGAUGCGAGCGACGGACGAGCACAUGGCUGAGUUGCUUGCACCCGAGCCGUCGGCGGAGGCGGCGGGUGGACAGCUGUUCCGCGUCGGCGAUAUAUCCUCUGCGGCUGCGAUCGCCAAGGCGCGGCGGUCCGACUUCCGAGAGGUUUUUGAUGAGCGUGACAGGGAGGGUGAUGCGCGCCUUGCGAAGCUGAAGCUGGCGCCCCUCGGCCAAGAGAGUCCUGGCAGGGAGCGAUGCUCGGGCUGUGGCGUGAUGCGCUCGGCCUUCUGCUCUGAGUGUCUUGCCAUGCUGCCCGGGCAGGCCCGGCCGGAGAUAGCGAAGUUGCCUUUCCGCUUCGUGAUCAUCACACACCCAAAGGAGCCGCGCAGCCGGAGCACGGGUGUGCACGCGGCGGUGCUGGCGGCCGGCUGCGUCACACUGAGGACGUUCGACAAGGGCGACGAGGCCUGCCUGCCACCGGAGCUCUUCCCAGCGGGAAGAACCUUCCUGCUGUUCCCGUCCGAUGACGCUCUGACAGUGCCGCAGCUUGCGGCGAAGAGGGAACCGGCGGGGACAAAGGCACCGGCGAAGGCGCGGGUGCAGGAGGGCGAUGGUGCAGAUGAGGAUGGAAACGCUGGCCGCCUCGUCGUGGUGGUGAUUGACUCAACGUGGAGCCAGGCCAGGCAAAUCAUGGGCCACCCUUGCCUCCAAGCGUUGCCCAGGGUUGCAGUUGCGAGCCACCGGACGGCAUUCUGGCGGAGACAGCAUCUAGGGGAGAACUACCUGGCCACUGUGGAGGCUGUCUACUACGUCUGCACCGAGUCCCACGGCGACGCCUACGAUGGCCGCUAUGACAACCUCCUCUUCUUCUUUGUCAAGUUCCGCAGCUUGGUACGGCAGCGGAUCGGCACUAUCCCGUGCCCCACUGAGGCCAAAGGCAAGGUGUGCACCAAGCUCCAGUGCCAGCACUCGCACUCGCUCUCGCUUGGCGCUGAUGAUCACGGUCGCAAGCAGCCGGUGCUGCUGCCUGCUGGAGAGCUCUGA